CCGACCCCGGCCCUGAGCCCGGCCUGGCUCUAUGGACAGAAGCUCACUGCUGCAGCUUAUCCAGGAGCAGGUGCGUGGGGAGGAGGGAUGCCGGCACCGCCCCCGCCGCGGCCCUUCGCUGUUGGGCUGCGCUCGGGGAACCGAGCUCAUAGAGCCCCAGUCCCGCCCCUGCUCUCUCCUGCUCCCCCAAGGCCCCUCCUGCAGGACCUUGGUCCCGCUGCCUGAAACCCCAGGAGAGGGUGAGCCAGACCAAGACGCCUAGCGAGGGGCGGGAGGUGAGGGCGAUAGUCCUCAGACCUUGGCCCUACCCUUCUAGGAUGGGCAGGGUGAAAAUGCGGUGGGGAGAUCCCUGGCGUCCUGGAACCCAAGCACCAGUGCCCUGAUAGCUUCUGGGACCAUGUCAGGGCACAGAAGCCUGACCCGAGGGUAUUGGGAGACUGCAUCUCCCAGCUGGCUUGGCCCAGCCCUUUGGUCUGUGGGCCGGGCCCACCCUCAGGCCUUGGCGGGUGGUUCCACCCCACUCCAGCAGCUGGACCCUGAGAACACCGGCUUCAUCGGUGCGGACACCUUCACUGGCCUGGUGCACAGCCAUGAGCUGCCCCUGGACCCAGCCAAGCUGGACAUGCUGGUGGCCCUGGCCCAGAGCAACGAUCGGGGCCAGGUCUGCUACCAGGAGCUGGUGGACCUGAUCAGUAGCAAGCGUUCAAGCAGCUUCAAGCGAGCCAUCGCCAAUGGACAGCGGGCGCUGCCCCAGGAUGGGCUGCUGGAUGAACCGGGCCUAGGUGUCUACAAACGGUUCGUGCGCUAUGUGGCCUACGAGAUCUUGCCCCGAGAGGUAGACCGCCACUGGUACUUCUACCGGCAUCGCAGCUGCCCACCUCCUGUGUUUAUGGCCUCAGUCACCCUUGCCCAGAUCAUUGUGUUCCUGUGCUAUGGGGCCCGCCUCAACAAGUGGGUGCUGCAGACCUACCACCCCGAGUACAUGAAGAGCCCCCUUGUGUACCACCCUGGCCACCGAGCUCGGGCCUGGCGCUUUCUUACCUACAUGUUCAUGCACGUCGGGCUGGAACAGCUAGGGUUCAACGCUCUUCUGCAGCUGAUGAUCGGGGUGCCCCUGGAGAUGGUGCAUGGCCUGCUCCGCAUCAGCCUGCUCUACUUGGCUGGUGUGCUGGCAGGUGAGGCAGGCGUGUACCCCCUGGCCACCUCACUUGUGGGUCUCACUCUCACAGCUUUCCAUUUGCUUUAUACAGGCUCCCUGACUGUCUCUAUUACUGACAUGCGGGCUCCUGUGGUGGGGGGCUCCGGCGGGGUCUACGCUCUGUGCUCUGCACACCUGGCUAACGUCGUCAUGGUAAUAGGACGGCCGAGGUGGGGUGUGGGGAGGGGCCCACAAGGCUUGUCUCACAGCCUCUCUCACACCCCAUCAGAACUGGGCUGGGAUGAGGUGUCCCUACAAGCUGCUGAGGAUGGUGCUGGCCCUAGUGUGCAUGAGCUCCGAGGUGGGCCGGGCUGUGUGGCUGCGCUUCUCCCCACCACUGCCUGCCUCGGGCCCACAGCCCAGCUUCAUGGCACAUCUGGCUGGUGCCGUGGUGGGGGUCAGCAUGGGCCUGACCAUCCUGCGCAGCUACGAGGAGCGCCUGCGGGACCAGUGCGGCUGGUGGGUGGUGCUGCUUGCCUAUGGCACCUUCUUGCUCUUCGCCAUCUUCUGGAAUGUCUUCGCCUAUGACUUGCUGGGUGCCCACAUCCCCCCGCCACCCUGAUGGACUCCCGGGGGACGCAUGGGCCAGGGGGUGGCCUGCAUGUCUGCCCUCUGUGAAUGUAUCUCUAGAGGCUGCCUGUCCCAUGAGGGCAGGUGGCCCCUGUGGCCCACUGAAUUCAGGCUAAGCCUUAUACCAGCCCUGGCCCCAUCCUAGGCCUUGGGGAAGUGGGGUUAGGACAGCUGGGCCAAGCCGGGUGGUGGAGGUUCCCAGGGUGACCCCAGAGGAGACCCUGUCCCAGCCUUCCCCCCAGGACUAACAGUCUGAGCCUUUUUGGAGAAUGAAUAAAUAUUUUACACAGCACCAGGUGGCUGUACGAGGGCUCUGGGGGCUAGUCUGGCCUCCC